AUGUCCCGUGACGCCGAAACCACUCUUGCCGCCGAGCUCCGCGCACGACGCCAGGCUGGUAAUGGCGAGAACCAGAAUCGCAUCUUUACUUUCACGCUGAACGACAGACCCCCGUUCGGCUUCAGCAUCCAGGAGCACUUCUCAGUCAGCACCCCUGACCGCGUUGCUGCCCGCAGCGCCGUCCCCAGAGCUCCCCUCCAACCUCUCCCACCUUCUCUCAUCCCCUCCCCUCCUCCAGUCCCCGCCACAGCUGGCCACGAUAUCAACAUCAUGAUCCGUACGCUUCGCGGUCUCCUUCCCGACUGGGAUCCACUUAUGGAACCCGACGUGCAUCCCAGUGAGCUACUGCAGUUCCUUGACAUCCUUGUGCGGCAACACAUCGGUGCAAGCACCCGCCGCCACCCUCCGGAGGAGAGCGUUACUGGCGACCACAGGAUUUCUCAGGCGCAGACCAUGUUGCGCUUCGCCCGGCGACAUCUCACCUGCCUUCGUGCGCGUGCCCAGAGAUCAGAAGGUCCGGAACUGUACCAGAGCAUCGGGGUCCUUUGUGGACUCAUCGGUGCCACUGGGGACCUCCUCACCUCACUCCAUUCGAGUGACAUCCCCGUCGAGGACCUAGACUCGGAGCCCAACCUUGAAGCUGACACCUUGUCGGCUAGAGAGACUGAAGAACCCGAGGCGUCCGACGAGGACGAGAACGAUGAGGAGGUUCGUCACGCCAGGACCGACUACUACUCCACCCGCAGCUCCACGCCCGAACGCGAGAUUGGCGAAUGUCCCGGCAACCACAAGGGUAUUAAUCGCGACUACCACUGUUACGCAAGGUGGACCGGGAUGGGGUGGCGCUGCUACUUCUGCCUCGGCGACAUGUAG